AUGACUGGAUUACUGUCUCUGCCCACGGAGCUUCUCCAAGACAUUGGUGCUGAAGUAGCAACCUCGCCGGAGGUUCGGAUUGUGGCAAUGAGUCCCAGUUGUAGGAUCCAUUAUUAUCGUGAUCCUAGAAAGGCUCUGCGUUUAGUUUUGUCAACGAUCAAGUUAUCGCCGAUACAUCUGUCAUCUCAGGUCAAGAGUCUUGCUACCACUGAGCCAAAGCCGACUUCCGCCUCGAAAUAUGCCACCUGUCUUGAAAUUCACGGUCUAUAUCCCCGAGACGACGAGGAUGUACCUUCAGGAGAGGAGGCCAAGGUUAGGUCAUUCCUCUUCCCAGCAGUUGCGUCCUUGACUGGGGUUCGAAGAGUCAUUUGGGAUCUGGGCGCCUCCGACCCAGAGUGGGCAGUUCUUCUAGUCCUCGACGCCCUUGCGUCACUUCCACUUUUGCAGGAUCUCCAUCUGAAGUCAUUCUUGAACAUCACACAUCUGAACUUGAGUGGGCUGUUUGUAAAACUGGACGCCACCCUGAUACCCCAUUUGAGAUCGUUGAUCUCCCUCCACCUUCGAAAUAUUUUUUCGACCGAGGAUCAAGCUUCGGGAAAUCCUGGAUCCUCCACAGAAAACAUUUGGUCGUCUUUGCGGUUGGAAAACAUACAUCUCCAGGAUAUCGUCACUGAUGACGUCCAACUAGCCCUCAUCGAGUACCUAACAUCAUUUUCCGGGCUUCGGUGUCUUAGACUUACAUAUGCUUCACGGUAUACCAAGUCGCCACCGACGUCCGAUCAGCUUGCCAUCAUGUUUUACGAACGGGCUCUACAAAACCACGUCCGUUCCCUCGAAUCCCUUGAAAUCGACGCAGGAUAUGAAGGGAAUUGGUGCUUUGCGAACCACUGUUCCGGCAUAAUAAAACAAUGUGCAUGCCUUACAUCUCUCAAGUUAUCCAUUGACUCUAAGGACAUCGGAGAAGAGGAUGAUGAUGACGCUGGCGAGGAUACAAAUGAUGACGACGAGGAUACAGACGAUGACGCCGAGGAUGAGGAUGGAAACAAUGAUGGAGAUGACGACGACGGCGACGGUGAUGAAGAGCAUUCAUACCCUGGCAGAGGCAAUCACAAUGCAAUUGUACGUUUCCAAGAAGAGGACGACGAUAACGAUGACGAGGAUACAGACGAUGACGCCGACUCGGAGGAUGAGGAUGGAAACGAAGAUGGAGAUGAUGACGACGGCGACAGUGAUGAAGAGCAUUCAUACCCUGGCAGAGGCAAUCGCAAUGCAAUGUGGUUACUUUUGGACAUUUGUGCAAAUCUACCUGUUCUGAGGGCUGUUGAAUUACUCAGUGCUUCUCCCGAAUCCACUCGAGGGGACAGAUGUGGGUAUACCGCUGGUAUCCACCUUUCUCAGGUGAAUGGCAAGAUCGCCAACAGAGUGAAAAGUUAUGGACCGAUCACCCCCGGUCAUGCAUUCCGCGUUUCCACAGUUUGUGAAGAAUUUGAGUUGCGGUGUGAUGAUUUGGGUAUGAACGUUGGGUACCGACGCAUUAGCACAUCUAGGGAAUACUGA